UUAGCUCAUUGGUGCUUAAUGAAUGCUUAUUGAUUAAGAAUUAAUGAUUAGAUGACAGUCACCUCUAGAGAAAAGUGAAUAGUUGCUCACAUGUCUCCUGCCCCUAGAACAAACCUAAUUCAUGAUAUCCAAAUUGCAUCUUGGAGGGAUUUCAGCAAAGGGAAGGAUUUCAGAGGAGUACAUUUCAAGACAUGUGGGAGAAAGUCACAAAGGAAGAAUGCAUACAAAGGGAAUGUGUGUGAAAUAAAAUGUUGACUCAUUAAUGGUGGGCACCCAGUCUCAGGAAGAACUUGAAUGCCAGAGUCAGGAGAUCAUAAAUUACAAAGAACAAGUUAUCUUUUCCCCUGUCCACUGCCAAUUUUUAUUCCUUUGUUCAAUUCAGCAAUAAAUUGAUCAAUUAAAUGAGCAAAAAUAGUUAAAUUCACCCUCUAGUUCUUGAACAGACUUGACAGAGAAUGAAACGUUGUGUGGGGGUUGUAGGAGGAGUAAAUUGUAGCUAAAGCCAGCAAUGGAGUAGUAUUUUGUUUUCUUUCCUUUGUUGUUUGAUGUUUUAUGGGAUGAUGUUCAGUCCUUUCCAGGCUACAAAAAAGUACCAACUAUUCAUCUUUUAAAACUAUUUUACAAUGUUUAUCAUAAAUUGCUAAUGUAAUUUUAAAAUAAUUUUAAAAAGGCUUAUGCUUUUAAUUACAUGAAGUGAACAAAAACUUACCUUGCCUUAAUCCUUUCACCUUUGAGAAAAGUUUCUUUUUUUAGUCAACAAUUUUUCAAAUUGGCUUUGGGAAAUGCCUUUUCCUUUCCUUUGAUUAAGAAAUGAUUUGUGAAAAGCUUAAUUUGCUAAUCUACAAAUCAGCUUGUUUGAGCUUAUGCUCAGUUUGCUUAUAGUCUCAAAAUUGUACAUGCCAUUAUUUAUAGCAUUUUUGACUACCAGGGUGUUUCAAUGUUCUUUUUCCAUGCUUCCAUUUCUUUGUUAACAUACACUCAUUGGAAACAUGUAAAAGGCCCAAGUCUUUACCCCCUAAGUAAGUGGGGGUUUUUUGUUUGUUUUACCUCUUUUUGGUAAGAAAACAGAUUUUGGAGAGGAUAGUAGUAAAACAAAGAAACUCAAAUGAAGCAGAUACAAGACUCAAGUUGUUGUAGAUUGUGAUUUUGCAUUAUUAGUCAGAAACUAUUUUUAUGUGUUUUUGGCCAGAACUUUUUCUAACCUGUAACUAAAUAAAAUUUAGGUAAAUUGUAGGACCUUGGGAAAGAUGACCUAGGAGGGAUGGGUGCCCUCAGAUGGUGGGUGGAAGGGAACUAGUCUUUAAAAUGAAAUAAAAUGAAUUACCUAUUAUAGGACAGGUUAUAUUCCCCUCCCCCAUCGAUUCUGUGCAGUUUCCCGAAGUUCCCCUAGGAGUGUGAAAAAUUUUUUGCUGCCAGUGUAUCCCAGUAUUAAGUACAUUUGCACUCCAUUUCCUUUUGAGAACCCUAUCAGUCUUAAACAAGUACCUCUUCAAGUUAAGUGCAUUGGGACUGAUUUUCUUGUUUGGAAUUUAACAAAAUAAGCCUAUCUAAAAAGAGGAUAAUAGUGGGAACAAUGAGAUGGGAAUUGGAAUGGGGCAGCACUGGAGGAAAGUCAGAGGCACAGUGAAAUGGGGCCUGAGAUUCUUCCCUUCUAUUGAUUACAGACUUUGUUUUGUUUAUAGGAUACUUAGUUUCCCCAAUGUUUGCAGUUUUAACAAACACUGAAAUUAGCAAAGGAAUCUUUUUCUGACCCCAGACUCUAUAGGAAUUGUUUCAGUGACCUUACAGUUUAGAAUGUUCUGCAUCUAAACAGUAAGGACAAGUAUAAGAAAAAUAAGAAAGGUUCUGGAUCCUUUGGGCAAGCACAUUAAAUUCCUAUUCCUUACUUCCUAAUGUUUAUUCAUCUUCCUUAAAAUUAUGACCAUUUAUUUCAUCCCCACUAACCUUUUAAGAACUACAAAAGAUUCAGUAGCUGCUUGAGUUUGGAAAGCAUGCUCAAGAUUUUUCCCCCUCUAGUACUAGGACUCUAGUAUUGCCUCUUUUAAGAGUUGUUAUAUUGAUGUAACACUGACAAAUGUUACAAGUGCCAAUCCUAAAGUUGUUGCUUUGAAAAAAAAGAUACGCCUUUAUGGCAUCAAUCAUUAUUCUAUGUCCAUUGUUUUCAUAACUUGCUUUUUUUUUCAAACUUCAGAAUAUAAACUAACAUACACAAUUUUAAUAUGUAGUUUCUAGAAGUAUAAGGAAAUAAGCACCCUAAAAUAAACUGUAGCAAUAUGGUUCUAAGCUUAAUGAAAGGAAAUUCACAUUUAUAUAAUCAUAAGUUGAGAAACUAAUCUUUUAAAGACCAGUAGAAGCUAGGACUUGGUGAUCCAUGAUUAUGAUAUCAGAUACUUGGGCUCCUGAGUUUUUUAAGCUUUGAAGUUCUAGUCUACAGUAGGUUAUGUAUGUCAGUAGGUGAUUUCAGUGUGUCACCAGUGUGGGGAACCUGGGAGCUGGGCAACCUGAGGAGGGGUGACCUGACCUAGGACAAAGUUCCUAACAUUGGGCAGUGAAGUGGCCCUUUUACUUCCUUCCUGAGCCCUCAAAAAAUUUCAGUUUUCUUUUUAGUAAAGUAAGUAAAGAUAGUUGUCAGUUGGAGGAUCUUCUGUUAUAAUAAAACUGUUAAACAUAUUCUGUAUCUUCAAAAAUUGAGUGGGAAAAAAAAAUGGUACUUUUCAAUCAAAAGAGUUUCAGAGAUUUUCUUUGGCUGGAGCUCUCUUUUAGUAGGUUCUGUUUCUGCCUUUUUUUAAACCUUUAAUGAAAUAAGCAAUUAUGGGAUCUAAAAUUAUGGAGCCUGGAACUUUAAGUAUAUAGGAUAAAGGAUUUAAAAGAACAUGUUUAAUUGAGAGAGAGAUCCUCUUAUCUUGACUGGGAAAAAGCUCAGUGGUUAUGUCUUUUUAGGCUGUUAAAGGCAUUUGAAUAACAUAGAGGGAAAUCGCUAAGAUGUCUCUAGUAUUUCUAUUUUUGAGAGCUAUUUGAUGGGCCUUAUUAGAUUUCCCCUUUAAAAUACAUAAUUUAAAUUAUUUUUGCAUUCCUAAGUGGUAUGGUUCUCAACCUUUUUAGUAUAUGUGCUAUAAGUAACAUAUUCCUAUAGAUCUGAAUUGCAGUUAAUUUUACUGCUAUAUCUGGUCACCCAAUAUAAAAUUAUUUUAAAGUGACAGCAUCAACUGGACCAUCUAAUUUUUUUAUUUAUUAAGUAUUAAUAUUCUGAAACAUGGUGUCAGGAAAAGAUUUCAAAUUCAGACCAUUUCCUCUGCAGGCUGAGUUUUAGAUCAGUGGUUAUUGCUAGCUAAUUAUUAUAGAAGGCUUACUGUGAUCCAAUUGUUGAUUCAUAUUUAGUGAAAAUAGCACCUAAAGCUUCAGUUUUUCAUUAUUCAGAACAGCUUAACCUAGCAUUAACUAAAUUAAGCCCAUUUAUUUAUCUUAAACAGUAGCAAUUUGUGCAGAAGAAAAAAAUUUAAAUAUAUCAUCAAAAGUUCUUUGAAUUUAAUUUUGACUAAGAUAAAAAUGCUUACUGCACCUAUUUAUUGGUUAACUUUUUCUAAGCCCCAGACAAAAUAAGGUUUCAUUUGGCACAAGAGCUUUUUAUUUUCAUAAAUUUGUUAGUAUUUUUUUCUAGAUUUUGUUGCAAUAGCACUUAGAUAUUAUUGUCCAUAGUACCAUAUGAAAAGAAUUCCAUAGACUUUUCUGUUCUCCAGAAGUUUAUGGCUUCUGUAUGAGUAAAGGGCAUAGAGACAACUAGAUGAAAAAGUUACUAUGUGUGCCCUGGGAUCAGUCCUGAAAGCUUGAAGUUCAAAUAGGACCUGGGAAAGAUGAAGGUAAGGUCUUCAUAUGACCAGUCUAGAAGCAUUUAGAACAAUCAGAGAAGACAGCUUAAUGAACCCCAGCUCUUUGGAAGGCCGUUUCUAAUCAAUAGGAUUUAAGAGGGUAACUAAUUAACUGAACAUGAUGAUUUGAUGGCCACUAAAGUUGAUGUACCUGAAAUGAUCAUAGUGGUGGGAAAAAGGCAUGCUGGGAUGUGAAGUUUAGGAAGAUGAAGUAGCUGAGCAAGUUGAUGAAAGGAUUUUUUAAAAACUAUCAAACUUGAGUGUCUGCCCCCAAAUGUCAUAAAUGUUUAUAUAAAAUUUUAUCUGAUAAAAUGCUAAGUAGUAACUAUUGCUUUUUUUUCUUGUGAACUUUUAAUAUGAAAAUUAGGGUUCAAAAUUUUUAAAAGUGAAACUAAGGUGAUAGUUUGGUUCAAUUAGUGACUUAAACAUAGUAAUCCUAGUGAAAAAGACUUACUUUUCCAAUUAGUAAAUAACUUCAGCAACAUUGUUAAAAUGGAAACUCUGAUAAGAUGAGAUACUGAACACAAGUAAUAAGCCAAGAUGCAAAAACAUUGUCACGAAAAUUUUUAUUUUAUAAGAGGAAAAAAUAACCUCAUGCAAGCAAAUGUUUAAUUUUAAAUUCUAUAUGUUUAAUUUUAAGUAUUGCAAAAUAUUCAAUACAGAACGGUGUAAUCAAGUUUUCUUUAAGGUUUCCAUUGACCAGAGAGGAAAGUAUGUGGUGGUAUAAAAUUGGGAUCAUUGUGCAUGUUUCCAUGAGAGACAGACAGACACAGAGAAGCAGUGAUUCUCAAAAUUUUUAAUGUUAGGGGGCCUUUUAUACUCUUCAAUAUUGAAAACCAACAUUCCUCUCCUCCCAAGAACUUUUGUUUUUAUGUGAGUUAUGUCCAAUUUUAUGUUUGAGAAUAUUUAAGAAUGACUUUCGAAAAACAUCAUAUACUUUAAUCAUUAAUAUUGCCACCUAUAUCUAGACAAUGAACAAAAUAGUCAAUCAAGACUCAAUUUGCCAGUUUCCAAGGAGUAAAUGUUCACACUGAAUAUUUAAAAAUCUAUCAAUAGGAAGUGACUCCAGCACACCCCUAGUUAUCUGUUGAUAUUCACCAUGUUGGAAAUUAAAAUAUCUUAAGAUUGAGAUAAAAAUAGUUUUAACUUUCACAGUACUCUGGGCCACACUUUGAGAACCAUUAGAAUAUAGCACAAAACAAAAGGUAGUUUAAGGCAAACCUUUUUAAUACCUGGAACAUAUCCUUAAUGUGGGACAAAAUAAUAGCAUUACAAAGUUAAUUUUAUGCCAAGAAAUCUGACUUAUUAGAAAAAAUACAUAUAUAUAUAUCAGAAGAGAGAUUUUUAUUUACAAAAGCAUAGCUAAUUUACCAGUCUUUGAGACUUAAAGUCUUAAGAGGUAUGUUUACAAGCUAACCAUUCUGUUUUGAGGGGGGAAAGAUUAGGAAGAUCCAUUCACAUAGGGAAUUCUGAUGUGGAAACUCCCUCUGGCGAUUGUCAGUUUACCUGUAAAUUAUAGAGUAUUUUUAAGGAGACAUUGAGAAGUUGUUACUUUAUUUUGGUCAGGACUUGAACCCUUUGGCUCUUCCUAGCUCAUAGACCAACCUUCUGCCCAUCAUACCAUGCUGUGGCUCCAAAGUCAGUCGUAGUUUUUGAAAUGCUUGAUAUGUUACCAGUUUGGUGAAUAAAAUUGUAUCCAUGCUUGCUUCAUGGUUACAAGAACUAGAAUAGCAGAUAUGAAACAAAGUGGAAGAUUUAUUAUAAUAAGUAAUUAAGUGAGAAGCCAGGGUAGAAAAUCUGAAUUUGGGGUUUUAUUUUUCUUCCAGAGAAUAUGGCAAAUAUCUUUAGGUAAUUGUAAUAGAUGCUGAUGAAUUUAUCACAUUAAAAUCGGGAUUUUAGGGCUCUAAUUACAUUGUCUUGAAUUUAUUAUGGACUUGUGCUUGAUUUUCCCUGUGAUUUUUUCAAGUUUAAUUAGAAGAAAAGCUUGAAAGAAAAAUAUAGACAUAUACCUUCAUAAAAGUACUACUUCAUACUUGAGUCACAUAGUAGAAAUAUACCAUUGAAGGUUCCAUUCUUUACAUGAAAUCCUGCCUAUAGAAUUUUUAUUAAAUUUGAAUGAUUAGUACUCAUCUUCAAACCUUAUAUAGACUAGAGAAACCAAAUUGCCAUUUAAUGAUAAAAUUCUUCCUCUUCUAUCUCUUUUUAUUAAUUGAAAAGUACAUUGUAGUAUAUGUUCUCUAAAUAAGGAGACUAAAACUAUUCAAGUUAACUUUAAUUUUUUUCUUUUAUAAGAACUUCAUUUCAGAAUUACAUAUAUGAGAUCAGGGAAUAAUUGAACCAAAAGGACCCAGAUGCCUUUAAUUCUAAAUAUAUGUUCUGAAUAACAUUAAAAAUUGAACCUAAAUAGAAGACUUUUAUACCUUUGAAAAGGGUUUUGCAUUUUACAAAAGGAUAAUAUAUGAUAGGAUUAUUUUAAAUAAACUUCCCGGAGCAAUUUAAAUCACUUGAGUUUUGCAGAGUUUGGAUUUAUACACAUCUCCUUCUGAAUUAAGGCUAUUCUGCAACAAAGCCAGUAAAGAGUGAUAUGAAGAUAACCUGCACACACUUAUCACUUGACAGUUUCAAAAUGGAAUUUUCAGCAGUCUUUUCCUUCUGUGUACUUAUUUGCUAUAGCAAAAUUAUGUCAUACUAAUUAUUAUUUAGACUGAAUGCUUUUAAUAUUUAAAUGUAUUUAAUAAAAUUAGAAGUUGAAGGGUAAGGUAGUAAUUAGUUUUUGGAUUGCUUUGAAUCUGCAUAUAUAUAUCUUCUAAAGUGGGAGUUCAUGUGGGUAUGUACAAAUAGUGAUAGUAAUAUUACUACUUUUAUAAUAUAUAGAACUGGAUAAGGAGGUACUUGAUUUGAUUUUGCUUUCAAAAUUAGUCUUUAACCCGGUUUAGUGUUUUUAACAGUAUUGAUAAUUGGGGAUUUUUAGAGUUAGCCAGAAAUUUUGUUAGAGAGUUUGAACCUCUUUGAAUCUUUGCAUGUUUGAAUAAGAUGUGACUUUAGAUAGAUCUGGUGCAAGUGGUUGGUUAGUAAGACUGCUUUUUCCUCUUAUGUGUUGGUCUGGAGGGGCACAUGCAAACAAUUCUGACCAGGAUGUUUUGCUUUCAAAGCUGUUUGAUCUUAUAACUGGGUAUAGUGAAAGCUUACUUACAGGUUAUUAAGAUUCCUGAGAUAUUGAAGUCAUAGAAACCUAUCAAGGACACACCAAAAAUCUAUUUGCUUUUUAUUAGUUCCAUAUUCUAAUUAGCCUGUAGUAUUGAUGUAUAUAUACCUUUUAAGGUUCAGGGAAAUUCCAGAUAAAGGUUAGGGAUGAAAUCUGAAAGGGGAGGAGGGGUGACUUGAAUAUGGUAAAAGCACUUAGAAUUCUCAGUAAAUUCCUGAUGUUAAAAUUUAGAUUCUUAAACAAUUUUAAAGACUUAAAAAUUGUUUUUAUAAAAUAGUUAUUUGCACUUUACCUGCUGGCUUUUCCAUUUGGUAGAUAACAUUCUGAACUCCAGCAGAGUUUUAUAAUCCCCACGUGCUUAAAUAUACUAAAUGUUCUUUUUCCAUUAAGGUUAAUGUUCGUGAAGAAAUUGAAGAGUUUUUUCCAAGAAUGUGGAAGAUAAAUCAAGAUAAAAGAAGGCUAAUGAAAAGUAUUAAAGAUCAGAAAAUUAAAAUUGAAUGGGGGAAAAAAUUGAACAGAAGAUUGGUCAGAUAGAAGCACUUGAAUUUUUUUUAAGGCUAUUAUGAAUUGUUUGAAUUGGGGAAGAAUACACGAAGUAUGAAAAAGGAAAAACUCAAUGAAGAAUGAAGAAAAGUAGAAAGCACGAGUGAAGUAGAAUUAAAAGAAUCUGGAAGAAUGAAUGGGUCCUAGGUUAAGUAAAUGAGUCUCGCUCUCAGUCAAAAUCUCCAGCGGGAAGUCCUGCUCGUGUAAAAUCCGAGAGCAGGUCAGGAUCUCGUAGUCCAUCAAGGGCUUCUAAACAUUCCGAAUCCCACUCUCGGUCAAGAUCAAAAUCCAGGUCGAGGUCAAGGAGACAUUCUCAUAGACGCUACACUCGAUCCAGGUCCCACUCUCAUUCUCAUAGGAGGCGAUCACGGAGUAGGUCAUACACACCAGAGUAUCGUCGUCGACGGAGUCGCAGUCAUUCUCCCAUGUCUAACCGAAGAAGACAUACAGGCAGCAGAGCUAAUCCAGACCCCAACACAUGUCUGGGAGUAUUUGGUCUGAGUUUAUAUACAACAGAGAGAGAUCUUCGGGAAGUAUUUUCCCGUUAUGGACCCUUGAGUGGUGUCAAUGUGGUUUACGAUCAACGAACUGGACGAUCCCGGGGAUUUGCUUUUGUUUAUUUUGAGCGAAUAGAUGAUUCAAAAGAGGCCAUGGAGAGGGCGAACGGGAUGGAGCUGGACGGAAGGAGGAUCCGUGUGGAUUACUCCAUCACCAAGAGAGCGCACACGCCCACCCCGGGCAUCUACAUGGGCAGGCCCACGCACAGUGGAGGCGGUGGCGGUGGCGGCGGCGGCGGAGGCGGCGGCGGAGGCGGGAGACGUCGGGACUCUUACUAUGAUCGAGGAUAUGAUCGAGGAUAUGACAGAUAUGAAGAAUAUGAUUACCGGUACAGAAGAAGAUCACCUUCUCCAUACUACAGUCGAUACAGAUCACGGUCAAGAUCCCGUUCCUAUAGCCCAAGACGCUAUUGACGAAUUGAACGGUUGCUAUUGAAGACUUGGAUUUUUAAAAUUCUUCUGGAUUUCUCCAACCUUUUAAUCUUCCCCACCUAUCAAGAACCCUUAAAAAAUCUUUGGUUUAUUUAGAAUCUACACUUUUUAAGUUGAUAUAUUGCUGUUUUCACCCCUUUAUUAUACUCUGGAAGAUGUAAUUGUUGUAGUUUUGAGUAGUCAAACAUCUUAAACAAAACUUAAAAGAAACCCCAGUGUUAAUACAUUUUGUAAAUGCUUUUUUUUGUUUGUUUGUUUUUUGUUUUUACAAAAAAAAAUUCUAUCGUAAUCAAAUGAGGAAAGAAAUUGUUGUUUUUGAAAAGCUUGUUCUGUGUGAAUUGUACACAACAUUAUAACAAAUUUUCAUUGACAAAUAACUUGGUGUUUUGGGGGUGUUUUGUUUGUUUUUUUGGUUAACUGUUUGCUUGUUUAUUUUAAGAAAAAUAGUAACCUAUCUAAACUGUUCAGUAAUGACAAAUUUAAAUGUGGGGUGGCAUGGAACAGUCAAAUAGUUGAGUGUAGAAAGUUUGAAGCUGUAGAAGAAAAAUGAUUCUUGAUCAUUUCUUUUGAAAGGAAAUAAAAAUUGAACCCUAAAAAUUAGGUCUAUGUUUUAGAGAUGAAAAGCUUGUGGACUCCUGCACAACAUAUUGCAUUUGAAAUACAUCUGUUAAACCUUGCAAAUUUAAUUAAAGUGUGGUUUUUAUGUUUUUUUUUCUUUUUAAAAAAAAAAAAAAAAAAACCUUAUUCAGUUUAAAUGUUCCCUUAAUCAGUGAAAGACAACCCUUAUUUAUUGAAUAUAGCAAUUUAGUUAUAUAAUUUGCUGUUCAUAGAAAUUUUGGUAUUGGGAUAAUGGGUUAAGCAGGUUAUAUAGUUUACAAUCCUUUGAAGUGAUAUGUGUGGGGGGAAUUUACCAUAAGUCUGCUCUCAUUUCAAAUAAAAGUUAAUUCAAUUGAAA